AUGGGUAGCGGCCACAGAUUCCGCCUGCCAUCUGCUCUAAAGCGAACCAAAUCCAGUGCUCGGCAACAGGACUGGCAGCCAGCAGGGAACGAGCAAAAAGUACACCACAUACUUGGAAUUACUGAGACCGACCUGAAUACGGCACGUAACCAAAGCAUUAGCUCUUCCAUUACGGCUAGGUUGCCAACGUUGUCAUUUUCUGAUGCCACGACUGAGCUGGGCUCUUCAAACCCGCCAACGGAACAUUUGGACACAUCUAGAGAUCUGAAUUUGAAGGCAUCGUCAGUGUUGCUGCACGAGGAAUUCCUGCUCAAGGCAGAUGUUACGGGCUCGACACAAUACAAGCAACUGAAAGCGCAAGGCUCAUCCUCGACACUCCACUCCUUCUACGAUGCUCAGAAGACUCCUCUAGCAAUUUCCCAACAGACAUCGGAUUCUUCCAGACGAGACUUCGCCCUUCGCAAAGGUGCUCCUGUGGUCGUCAAGCCCACAACACCGGACAAGGACCCAAAUCGACAAUUGAAGAUCUUUCGUCUCUCUAGGCACGGAAACAAGGCUGGAGAGAAGGCACCUACGGCCGCUCUACCUCAGUCACCAGACUCGCCUGGCAAAAUGCGAUUCGGUAAUCAACGGUCUCUCAGGUCAUCAGACCAAGUGGCAUAUUCCGGCUCCUCACAACCCAGUCACCCGUCCAAACUUAGGAAAGGCGUCCGGUUCAAUGCUGAUCGAUCACCAACCCUCCUCAGUCCGGAGAAGCCAAAGGCCUCUGCUGGCCCCGCUCCCCGGCAAGAAGCACACCAAUACAAGGUGAAUAUCAGGCGGCCGAAAGCUGGUGCAAAGCAUUGGUUCGAUGGGUUGGAAGGUGAUAGCAGUGGCGAUGAAAGUGUCCACGAACCCUCACUCCAGCCUAGCUUCGUUGCAGGAAUUGAGAUGGCUUUCGAAGGGGGGAGGAUAGGACCGGUCGCAAAGGACGAGCCUCGCAUCACUCCUCAUGCGCCGGAUCGCCCAGCUCGAAGCACAAGCUCCAGGACAGAGUCAAGCCACAUAUUACCCGCUUCGGCUAUACCACCCCGAGUGUCAACACUCAAUGCCAAAUCAUCCAGAUCUACAUUGUCUCGCAAUGAGUCUCACUUGACCUCGCCAAAAGGGAAAGCAGGAUCGCUGGCCUCGACUGACCUGCAUAAAACGAGCGUUCUGGACUUGUCUUCCUCUGACGACGAUGAACCACUAGCACCAAUUACAAAAUCUGGGAAUACACCGCUCCCGGCAAUACGCGACAGUAUAGCUGUUGAAUCCUUGGGUGAAUCAGAUAUCGAGGUCGGCACGGCUAGAGCUAUCAGCACCAAACAGAGUAGUUCGGUAAAAGCUACACCGAGUCUGAAACGUGUUCGCGUUCCUCAGCACGGGCGUGAUGCCCGGGAACCGACGAAACCACCCAGCAGGCGACGGGACCCCCGGUCGACGUAUAACCGUGACGCCUCAUCGAACCCGAUGUCGGAGGAAGACGAUCUACUCACAUCAUUUCCCCCCACACCGACCACGGACCAGGCAUCUUUUCACCGUCCAUCUUUCCACGAGAUCCCACUUUCGGAUACCGCAAGCAUUGAGAGCAGAAGAUUGAUGAGUGUGACGAGGCAGGAAGAAUCUCUCUUGGCUGCUAUGAGGACCAAGAAGGCGGUCUUGGGGCAGUCAUACAGGGCCAGCACGGAUCCACGGAUGCAGGCACUCACGAAACCGGAUCGAAGACCGCUGAAACGCAGGCAACAGGGCCCGAGGAGCUCUACCACGCUUGAUAUACAGUUAACGGCGCAAGGACGGAUGCUCGAGCGAGUACAAUCGCCUUCUUCCGACACAAAUUUUGAUCAAGCUUCUUGCACGACCUUCCAGACCGGGCCCUCCAUCGAUCCCAGUGUGCGAUACUCGAUCGCCAGUUUUCAGACUGGCACAUCUGUGGUCCCUGACACCGACAUUGCGUCCUCAUUCGCCCCUUCGUCAGGAUUCCUUCAACCGCACGGUAACGGCCUCAACAGGAUGAGCCGCUCGACCUUCUUUUCGACGUCGACAAACAGUUCGAGAGACGACUCCCGAAGUCGGAAGGAGAGUCAAUACCUAGCUACUUUGGAAAGACUACAAGCGCCACCGAAGAGGGAAGAGGUCUCUUCGCAAGACUUCAUCGACUGGCCUUACAACGGCUGGAUGAAAGUUGCCACGGCGCACUGA